AUGGUGGAUGCUGUAGUCACUGUGUGUUUGGAGAGACUUUUGAACAUGGUCGAAGAAAAAGGCCGAGUUGUGUCGGAAUAUCGAAAGCAGUUGAAAGAUUUGCAAGAUGAGUUGCAAUAUAUGCAGUCAUUUCUCAAAGAUGCAGAGAGGCAGAAGAGAACUAAGGAAGUCUUGCGUAAACUCGUGGCGGAUUUACGCGAAUUGGUUUAUGAAGCUGAAGACAUACUCGUAGAUUGUCAGCUCGAGGAUGGUGAUGAGGAUGAUAACGAGCAGAGGGCUUCAAACGCGUGGCUUACGCGGUUUUAUCCUGCCAAAGUUUCGCUGAAGUACAAGAAAAGCAAACGUCUCAAAGAGAUCAAUGAGAGGAUAUCAGCUAUAAAGGCUAAAGUUGAGCCUUAUUUCAAGUUCAGAACAUCGAGCGAUGUCGGAAGAGAUAAUGGAACUGAUCGGUGGAGCUCUCCGGUGUAUGAUCAUACCCAAGUGGUUGGUUUGGAAGGAGAUAAAAAGAAGAUCAAAGAGUGGCUAUUUCGAUCAAGCGAGAGCGAGCUAUUGAUGAUGGCCUUUGUGGGGAUGGGAGGGUUGGGUAAAACUACUAUUGCUCAAGAAGUGUUCAAUGACAAGGAGAUCGAAAACCGUUUCGAAAGAAGGAUAUGGGUGUCUGUGUCCCAAACUUUUACUGAAGAACAAAUCAUGAGAAGCAUAUUGCGGAAUUUGGGUGACGCGAGUGUUGGAGAUGAUCUUGGAACGUUGUUGAAGAAAAUCCAGCAAUAUCUUUUGGGGAAAAGGUACUUGAUUGUAAUGGACGAUGUAUGGGACAAGAAUUUGAGUUGGUGGAACAAGAUCUACCAAGGAUUGCCUAGAGGACAAGGUGGCAGCGUCAUUGUGACCACGAGGUCAGAAUCUGUCGUGGUAAAAGUUCAGGCCAAAGAGAAGACUCACCGUCCCCAGCUCCUUAGUCCUGAUAACAGCUGGCUGCUAUUUUGUAAGGUGGCAUUUGCAGCAAAUAGCGGGACUUGCGAUCGUCCAGAGCUAGAAGAUGUAGGCAAGGAGAUUGUAACCAAAUGCAAAGGUUUGCCUUUGACGAUUAAGGCGGUUGGUGGGUUACUUCUGUGCAAAGACCAUGUCUAUCAUGAAUGGAGACGAAUAGCAGAGUAUUUUCAAGAUGAACUUAAAGGAAACACUUCUGAAACUGACAAUGUCAUGUCUUCUCUGCAGUUGAGUUACGACGAACUCCCUUCUCACCUUAAAUCAUGCUUUCUCACGCUCUCGCUUUAUCCAGAAGACUGCGUCAUACCGAAACAACAACUAGUACAUGGAUGGAUUGGAGAAGGCUUUGUCAUGUUGAGAAACGGAAAAUCUGCAACUGAAUCUGGAGAAGAUUGCUUUUCAGGGCUCACAAAUCGGUGUCUCAUUGAAGUUGUUGACAAAACCUAUAGUGGAACCAUCCUUACUUGCAAGAUUCAUGACAUGGUUCGUGAUCUGGUGAUCGAUAUAGCGAAGAAUGAUUCCUUCUCUAACCCGGAAGGCCUCAACUGUCGUCACCUUGGGAUAAGUGGAAACUUUGAUGAGAAGCAGAUAAGAGUUAACCAUAGACUGAGAGGCGUAGUGUCAACAACAAAGACAGGUGAGGUGAACAAGCUCAACUCAGAGCUAGCUAAGAAAUUCACAGACUGCAAGUAUCUUCGAGUUCUCGAUAUCUCGAAAUCCAUAUUUGAUGCUCCUCUAUCUGAUAUUUUGGAUGAGAUUGCGAGCCUUCAGCACUUGGCGUGUCUUAGUAUGAGCAACACACAUCCGUUGAUUCAGCUUCCUCGUUCCAUGGAAGAACUCCGCAAUCUUCAGAUUCUAGACGCGAGCUACUGUCAGAAUCUGAAACAACUUCAACCUUGCAUUGUCUUGUUCAAGAAACUCCUUGUACUUGACAUGACAAAUUGCGGAUCACUUGAGUACUUCCCCAAGGGAAUCGGAAGUCUUGGGAAUCUCGAAGUACUGUUGGGAUUUAAGCCAUCCAGGUCGAACAAUGGAUGCAAGCUAAGUGAAGUGAGAAAUCUCACAAACCUCAGAAAACUUGGUCUUUCUCUGACUCGUGGCGACCAAAUCGAAGAGGAUGAGCUUGAUUCCUUGAUUAACCUGUCCAAGCUUAUGUUCAUAUCAAUCAACUGCUACGAUAGCUAUGGCGAUGAUCUCAUAACCAAAAUAGAUGCUCUCACUCCUCCGCACCAGCUCUAUGAGCUCUCUCUACAAUUCUAUCCUGGAAACUCAAGUCCGUCAUGGUUGAGUCCUAACUCGCUUCCGAUGUUGAGGUACAUGUCAAUAUGCUCAGGUAAUUUGGCGAAAAUGCAUGAACGAUUCUGGGGAAUUGAGACUAACACUCACUGGAGAAUCGAGGGUUUGAUGUUAACUUCGUUGUCGGAAUUAGACAUGGAUUGGGAAGAGCUCCAACGGUCAAUGCCUUGCCUUAGGACCGUGCACGCAAACUGGUGUCCCGAGCUAGAGACUUUCCCGAUCGAAGAUGUCGGGUUUAGAGGCGGAGUGUGGAUAAAGACACCAACGCACAGAACCUGA